GCCCCGCCCCCGCGGCAGGCGCGGUCCUACUUUCUCCGCGCGGCGGGUUAUGGAGGCCCUGCGGAGGGCCCACGAGGCUGCGCUGAGACUGCUGCUGUUCGGGCCCUGGGCCUCGGGCGCCGCCUCCCGCCCGAAGCCCCGCGCCUCGGAGGUGCUGACGCGGCACCUGCUGCAGCGGCGCCUGCCGCACUGGACCUCCUUCUGCGUGCCCUAUAGCGCCGUCCGCAACGACCAGUUCGGCCUCUCGCACUUCAACUGGCCUGUGCAGGGCGCCAACUACCACGUCCUGCGCACCGGCUGCUUCCCCUUCAUCAAGUACCACUGCUCCAAGGCCCCCUGGCAGGACCUAGCUCCGCAGAAUCGCUUCUUCACAGCGCUCAAGGUCGUCAACCUCGUUUUCAGCUGCAGAAACCAAGAAGUCCUGCCCCAGGCCACACAAGGAGAGUGUUCUUCUGAUCCCUACACUCUGCAGAGGCCACACUCCCAGUUUCGACUCCAUCCUUGUCCUAUAAUGCCUGGGACAAUUGAUGGACGUGGAAGCACUUUGCAAGCUAUUAAUGGCCAGUUAAAUGCAAGUCAUGUUUUAUUACUAUUAUUACUACUACUAAGACACAUAAAGAGAAUAAUAUAGAUUUGUUUAAGCAUUGAGAAAAGAGAAAUUAUUAUUUCUCUUUUUAACUUUUCUCUUAUUAACUUUAUUAAGUUGAAAUGUAAUGAACUAAUUCACUUUAGAGGAUUUAUAACUCACAGUGCUUGGCACAUAGUGAUGCUCCAUGAAUAUCUGUUGAACUCAUCUCUGUCCCAGUGCUGGGAUUAUUUCCACUGUCCUUUUCCAUUCCCGACCAAGCUGAAGAGAACAGACUUACCUACUGACUUUUGGCAGUUUGUUCCUUUCGUCCAAGUCUUUUCAUAUUCUUCUUUUUCCAGAAGAAAUAUAUAAUAAGCAACAUGAAGAAAACAAUUGUGUUUAUUGUUGUGAUAUUGCUACCAUAAAUUUUAUUUCUUAAAUUCAAAUUGCUAGGAUAUUAUUGCUGAUGUGUAGAAAUGCAACUUAAAUUUUAAAAAAAUGUAGAAUCAUUGCGAUUUACAGAAAUGUUGCAUUUUGGUAUAUAUCACCUGAAUUCCUCUCAUGUUAGCAUCUUAUAUAAACAUUGAACAUAUGUCAACUCUAACAAAUCAACAUUGGUGCUUCAUCACUAAUCGAACUUCAAAUUUUAUUCAUAUUUCACCAUUUUUCAUUAAUACCUUUUUUCUUUCCCAUGACUACACUCAGGAUCCCCACAUUUCAUUUAGUCAUCACGUCUCCUUAGGCUCCUCUGGUCUGUGACAGCUUCUCAGACUUUUGUUGUUGUUGUUUUUUAUGACCUUGAUAGGUUUGAAGACUACUUUUCAGGAUUUUGUAGAGAGUUGCUGUAUUUGUGUUUGGCUGUGUUUUUCUCAUGAUUAGAUUGGGGGUUUGGGGAAGAAGACCACAGAGGUCGAGUGCCUUCUUAUUACAUCACAUUAAAGGGCUCCUGAUGUCAACAUGAUCUACCACUGGUGAUGUCAAACUAGAUUGCUCAGUUAGGAUGGUGCCUGCCAGGCUUUUCCACAGCAGUUACUCCUUUUACUUUCCAUUCUCCUUAUGUUCUUUUAAAUAAAAAUUUGUGAUCAAAAAUUUAACAUGUUUUAUGCAAGGGCCCACUCUAGUCACUAAAAGAAACAAGUGGAUUUGUUGGACACAGAAGACAAUAUUUGCUAUAAAAUGUACUAGUUAAUGGGUGACUAACUGUUAUUGUCUGAAUCUUGGUGGUGGUGGAAAGGAAAAGGAGCAAGGGACACUCAAGGCAGGCAGGAGAUGCACAUGGAUGUUGCAUUCUUCUUACUUAAUCCACUUAGCCUUUGAAACUCAUUCACUCAAAUAAACCUCAUUCGUUCAUUCAACAAAUAUUGUUAAAGGACCCACUAUGUACCAAGUACUCUCUUAGGUGGUAGGAAUAUGGAAGUGAAUAAAGCAGGGCUGGGGUUGUGGCUCAGUGGUAGAGCACUUGCCUACCAUGUGUGAGGCACUGGUUCGAUUCUCAGCACCACAUAUAAAUAAAUAAAAUAAAGGUCCAUUGACAACUUAAAAAAAUAUAUAUAUAUAUUUUAAAAGUGAAUAAACAAACAAUUUCCUUCUCUCAUGAAGUUAUACAAAUGACUAAAAGGUGGUGUGUUAAAUUCUGAUAAGUGCCUGGAAAAAAUAAAUGAUAGAAAGGGAUUAGGAAUCAUGGAUACCUUUAUGCUUGUACCUGGAGUGGGUAGGUAAGUUUUGGGAUGGUUUGCAAUUUCAGUAGGGAAGACUUCAGGUAGAUAGUUAUAUCUGAGUCAAGAAUUGAUGAAUGUAAGGGAAUGAACUCCGUAGAUAUCUGAGGUCAGAGCAAUCUAAGCUGAAGAAAUGGCAAAUGCAAAGGCCCUGAGGUAGGAUGCCGGAUAUGUUCAAGGAACAGUGAGAAGGAGGUUGGUAUGAGAGUGACAGCAGGAAAUGAGGUUCAAGAAUUCAACCUCGUGGCUGAAGUGGAAAUUGGCAUUUUCAUCCUUGGCCUGGGAGUCCAAGGUACUCAGGCAACUGAUGGUGCUUAUAUUCCCUUGGCCACCUGCAUCAGGUAUGCCCUGUUUACCUCCCACUGAGGAUGUAGCUCAGUGGUAGAAUGCAUGCCUAUUAUGGGCAAGGCCCUGGGUUCAAUCCCCAAUAUUGCAAAAACAACAAAGAGGCUGUGGUUGUGGUUCAGCGGUAGAAGCACACAUGCUUGAGGCCCUGGGUCAAUCCCUAGAACUAAAAAACAAAAACAAAAACAAAAAAUUUCAGAUGAGGUAGGGCCAGAGUGUGUAGAGUUUUAGGCCAAGAAGUCUUUGGCUUUUACCCUGCACAAGAUAGGAAGCCAUUUGGAUUGUUAACCAAAUGAGUGACCUGAUCUAACUGGCUGGGAAUGGAGUAUUUGUAGGAGUUGCAAGGGUGAAAACAGAAGAUGAGGAAAGGAUUGGACUGGACUAGUAGCCAUGUUGAUGGCAAGAGCUUAAGAGCAAGGUAAUAAGAGAUGAACAAAAAGCUCUCUGAAAUUAUAAAAUAUAACAUUUCUCAUUAAAUAAAAUCACUUUAAAACAAUAACAAAAGGGAUUAAAAAGCCAGCAAAAGACUUGAGUGGUUAUUUCUCCAAAGAAGAUAUACAAAUAGUCAACAAACAUAUGAAAACACACUCAACAGAUUUUUACCCCUCACACAUCAUAUAGAGCACUAAUCUCUAGGGUAUAUAAAGAACUCAAAAAGCU